UUUUCGCUCUUUGUAGCGUUGCCUGUAAAUUCUCAGUAUUCAAGCCUACAAGAUGAACAACGUAAACAAGAUGGUCAGAGAGUCCUUGACUGUGGCGAACUUGAGAAACACGUUCACAGAGGCCGCUAGGAAGGCUACUGGGGACGGCCGUACCAUGACACAACAGGCAGUGGUAGACUGGCUGACUAAGGCAAAGGUUAUUGAUGGACAAAGCAUCACCAAAGAGGACUUUGCUUCUGCCUUCCAGAAGCUGGGUAAAACUAACAUAGACUUCUCCGAGUUCUUUAAACUGUUGGUUGAUGUGGCCUCUAGCAAGAAUUUAGACCUCGGAGUUUUAAAAGAGAAGCUUUCAAAGUAACAUCGAUGCAAACACAGU